CACGAAUUGCGUGAUCAGAGGCGUCUUCGAUGGUAUGGUGCGCAUGUUCCUGUCGAGAAAGGGCAAGAAAGCAAAACAAAUAGUUGUCUGCACGCUAAAUAUUGGCACCCUCACUGGACCGAGGAACUUGCAAGAGUCCUUCGGCAAAGGCUCAUUGAUAUGUGCGCUCUACAAGAAAUCCGAUGUUCUAGUCGCAAAAGCUGCGACAUACAAUGCAAACGUGGUAAGAAUGGGUUUCUUCUCUACUUUGGUAGCUCACAUACUCAAUUGCCAUCUCAGAGUGUUUCCGUGAUACCAUUAAAGAAAUCGAACGAUUUGAUGAUCGGCUCAUGAAGCUCACCAUUAUAUCAGCUGAUCUCACUAUUUCUUUUUCACCGCGUGGGCACCACAGACAGGUCGACUUGAGGAAAAACGCAGGAGAAAAAUCCAUUUCUUAAAAGUAAUGAAAAAUGCCUCAAAUUGCACUUCAUCCAUGUAUGGAUCUUAGAUACUUUGAUCACCAGUCCAACUAAAUAGAAUUUUAAAAGAUCUAAAUAGCACUGAGUAAGAUAAUUAGAGCCUCAGAAAAACAGGGACAAAUUAGGCCAGAAGAUAUAGUUGCAAUGCGUCAUCCCCAGAACUCCAAUACGAUUCCUACGUGACUACUAUAAGAAAAACACAUCAGAUUUGUGUUCUGUUGUUGAGAGUUGCCCGGUAUCUUGGCGUUCCAAGAGUGAUAAUGGAGGUGAAAAUGCGGCUAUGAGUGCCGCAGUGCAGUUACCAUCCGACUACAUCAGUUGCAUUGAUGACAGAAGUUCAGGUUGCUUUUCUGGUAGUGAAUACUCAUAUAUGUCUGCUCGACGUGAAGCGAUAGAACCUGCCCGUCAACAAGGGACAUUUUAUCGGGAUAAUUGGAGGAAUAGACGGUUUAUUCCUCCACGUAUUAUGAGGCUACGUAAAUUGGGUUUGAGAAUAUAAAUUGUUAUCUUUGAUUAAGUAUGAAAAAAUGUACCUCUGGAAUUGAAUGUGUGUGAAUGUUACUGAAUAAAUAAAUUAGUUCAGUAAAACAAAACCCUUUUGCUAUUUUCUAUGGAUUUGCUCUUGGCAACUCAAGACCAUUCUUUUUCAGCAGUCUUUCAGUCAAUUUGAGGACUGUUAAUUAAUUGACCAUUGCCGUCUCAUGUGUGGCUUUUCUAGUGUAAUCGUGGAAUUGGUUCAGUUUCGGAACAGCGUUUCUGAGCAGACGGAGCAUGCCGAAGUCGCUUAACCCUCCACCACGGCGAGCCGAACAUUCUCCCCGUACACCAUCUCACGAGGCAGACGAAAGGCAAAAACUUCUUAAACUUCAAAUUGACUCUAACGAGUGGGCAGUCCUCGCAUGUCCUCGGCCUAGACUUACAUUAUAUACGCAAAGUACAGUGCUGUCAGACUGCGUGAGUCCGAAUACUGCACAGCAAACCUCUACGGCAUAAUAACAUCCUAGACGAAGUACUUCGCUAACUCUGGGGAUUCCUCAUGAACUACACCACAUGUGGUCUCUCAAACCAAGACAAAAUGGAAGACUGGUGGCGUGUUGCAAGGCUACGACCAAGUAUUCUUCACUGACGGAUCAAAUAUGGUUUGGGGAGUUGGGGGGAGGAGGAGGAGUUUUCUCGGACACACACAGGGGUCUCUCAAGAUUUGCCAGAAUAUUCCAAUUGGAAGUACUGGCGAUACUGGAAGCCUAUCGAUGGCUGGGGUAUGACUUGAGCUCAAAGCAUAACAUAGCCAUCCUGACUAGCAACCAAGUAACUAUUAAGGAUUUGUACUCAACGGCGACAUGUUUCUGGCAGGCGGUGCAGCGCAGAAACACCUCAAAUAAUCUGGGCGGCACGUUCAAGGUCAUCCUCCUCUGGGUUCCCGGUAAUAGGAACAUAAAGGGGAACGAGCGGGUUGAUGAAUUGGCCAGACAGGGCUCUGUUCUGGCAGUCCUUCAGUGGGAACAGUCUGUGCAACGACGGCAAUUGUUAAGAUGAAAUGUACUCGCACCACCUAGCGGCUCAUCAUGUGCAUCAAUUUGAGGACGAUUUAGACCAACAAAAUUGCGGAAGUCUGCACGGGGCACUGACCUAUGGGGACCAUGCCACCAGGCUCAGCAUGUUCUACAAUUCGCAUUGCCGAAGUUGCGAAGAAGAGGGAGAAACCCUCAGGAACUUCCUUUGCGACAAUCCAGUUCUAGAUGGAGCCAGGCUAUGGACAAUUCUUUAAGGACCUCGGAGAUAUCCCUAGCUGCGAGGUAGAAGAGCUGUUUCCCUUCAUGAAUGCUACGGACGGAGGCGACUGGAUUCUGACCCCCUGCUCUUACCACAUCAAUAACAUGGCUGCAAAUGGAGAUGCUAGUGAUGAAAAUAAGAAAUCAAAUGGAGUUGACGCUGGAAUUCAACUGAUAACUCAGGAGUUAUUUCAUGAUAUCCUGGAAAAACAGUUUGGAAAAUGCACUAUAAAAAAGUUUACUGUAACGCCUAGUUCAAGUGCAGGCGAAAAUUAUGCGUGCUUGAUGUAUCGAGUGACUAUUGAAGCUGAAAAGGAAGAUGGAACCGAAGAUUCAAUUAGAUACAUUAUUAAAAUGAUGCCACCCAACGAUCCACAUGCCCAAAUGAAAAAAAGUUUAGCCAUUUUCCCGAAAGAAGUUGAAAUGUAUGAGACAAUCGUCCCCAAAUUUAAGGAGAUUUUCCAAGAAAAUGGUGUCAACACAGCCUUCGCUCCGAAGUGUUGGAAGGUAGUAAAUGAUCCGGAAAUGUUAAUCAUGGAGGAUUUGGGAGCAAGAAACUUCACCAACAUAAAUCGCCUCAACGGAAUGGAUCUGGAACAUGCCAAAAUGGUUCUGUCGAAGCUGGCACAGUUCCAUGCUGCCUCGGUUUGCGUUUUAGAAAAAAAUGGCCCUUUCUCGAAGCAUAUUAUGUCCUCACUGAUUACUGAGGAAUCAUUUGAACUAUUCAAAGCAAUGCAGGUCAUGUUUUGGGGAAAUAUUGUGAAAAAUAUGAGAUUGUGGAAAACUUGUCAGGAGUAUGUGGAUCGGAUUGAAGGGAUGAUGGACAGGAUGGCAGAUAUCCAUAAGGAUAUGUAUGAUCCAAAACCGGACGAAUUCAAUGUGAUUUUACAUGGAGAUCUGUGGGCCAAUAAUAUAAUGUUUCAACAUGAUGAAAAAGGUCAUCCAAAGGAUAUUUUGUUUGUUGAUCUUCAAAUUUCAAGAUAUGGGUCUCCAGUGUAUGACUUGCUAUAUUUCAUUUUCUCGUCCACCGAAUAUUCAAUUAAAGUCAAGGAAUUUGAUUAUAUGAUCAAACAUUAUCACACAGAAUUGGUGAAAAAUUUGAAACUUCUCAAAUAUCCUAAGGAGCCACUGACGCUUAUAGAUCUGCAUAUUGCAAUUGUCAAGAAAGGCUUCAUGGGUGUUGCUGCUAGCUGUGGGGUUAUGCCCAUCGCGCUCCUAGACCCCAAUGAGGACGCCAGUAUGGAGAAUUUGAUGACAAAUGAUGAAUCUGGCAAUAAAUUUCAACAGGCCAUGUACCUAAAUCCGCGAUUUAUAAAGUCAUGCGAGUUAAUAUUUCCUUUUCUAGAAAAUAGAGGAGCUUUUGAUGUUUAGCAUUCGAAGAUAAGUAAUUUGAAAUGUUUUUUUUUUGUUAAUAAAGCUGGUGCUAUGAAAA